AUGGGGGGUUAUCCGAGUCAGGCUGGUGGUGGUGCUGGGCAGGGUGUUCAACAUUCUCCUGCGGUCACUCAUCAGAGCCUUCGCGACACUGGUCCUACCCUGCCUGACCAGCGUCUCUCUUCAUUCGACUAUCACCACUCUCUUCUCGCUACUGGUAGGAGCACGAUCACCAACUUUAUUCAGUUCCGUCUGCCCAACUUCUACGGCUUUCUCGAAUCGCUGAGCGGGUAUUGGGGUCAUCCGGAGAAGGAGGGGUGGACGGUGGAUGAGCUAAAGGGACUGAAGUCGGUGGCGGUUCGGUACUUCAUUCGGGAGCCCGUGCAGGGGCAGUCGCACAGUGAUGUAUACGAAGAGGUGCGGGAGUGGCGUAGGCCAGCUGGGGGCUUUGGAGCUGCGAGCUGGGAUGCCGCUUUGCAGGUUCCUACGAUGCAGCAAGCUAUGCUACAGGAAGAGCAAGAUAAGAUUACUUCUCUCAACCAAACGAACUCGCCCCUGCUCCGCCUCCCCUCUGAGCUGCGCAACCGAAUCUUUGACUACGUAUACACCGACGCCGCCAUGAAGCCCGACAAGAAUGCAAUGGCACUACCGCUAACCUGCCGCCAACUCAACCACGAAACUGCCAUUCUUCCCUACAAGUACUGUGUUUUUUCCUUUGCACUUUACAAAUAUGAAGCCGUAGCCUUUACAAAGUUCCUCGAUGCGAGCACCAAAGCGCAACUGUGCGCCAUCGAGUCCAUAGAGUGGGUGGACCAGCACAAACACCAUUGGUUCGUCUGCAGAUGGGAGAUGUACGCGAGCGCGCUGGAUAGUAUUGUGGCUGUGUGGCUAUCCUCUUUCUGA